AUGUUUGUGAUGAGAAGUCAGUGGGUUGUUUUAUUGUAUUUAUCGGUUAAGUUAUGUUUUGAGUUUUGUUUGCUCUUGUUUUGUUGUUUUUUUUGCAGGAGGGACGUUAAGAAAGGAGAGAAGAACACCAUAGUGACGUCCUUCAACAGRAACUUCACUGCCAGGAAUGAUGCCAACCCGGCGACUCACGCUUUUGUAACUUCUCCUGAAAUCGUCACAGCUCUGGCUCUGGCCGGGACCCUCAGCUUCAACCCGGAGACCGACUACCUGACGGCCCCCAGCGGGGAGAAAUUYAAGCUGGAACCUCCCACGGGCGACGAGCUCCCGUCCAGAGACUUUGACCCGGGCCAGGACACGUACCAGCACCCCCCUGCUGAGAGCUCCUYGGUCCAGGUAGACGUGAGCCCCUCCAGCACGCGUCUGCAGUUGUUGGAGCCUUUYGACAAGUGGAAUGGGAGAGAUCUGGAGGACAUGAGGGUCCUCAUCAAGGUUAAGGGAAAAUGCACCACCGACCACAUCAGCGCCGCCGGGCCCUGGCUGAAGUUCCGCGGCCAYCUGGACAACAUCUCCAACAACCUGCUGAUCGGCGCCGUCAACAUGGAGAACGACGCCAUCAACAAGGUGAAGAACCAGCUGACCGGGGAGUACGGCGGCAUCCCCGAUGUGGCUCACUCCUACAAGGCCAACGGCGUGAASUGGGUGGUGGUGGGAGAUGAGAACUACGGGGAGGGAUCCAGUCGGGAGCACGCCGCCCUGGAGCCGCGGCACCUGGGSGGACGCGCCAUCAUCGUCAAGAGCUUCGCCAGAAUCCACGAGACCAAUCUGAAGAAGCAAGGCCUGCUUCCUCUGACUUUCUCCAACCCCGACGACUACGACAGAAUCCGCCCGGACGACACGAUUUCAAUCACCGGCCUCAAGUCCUUCGCUCCCGGGAAGCCGCUGACGGCCGUGAUCAAGCACUGCGACGGGAGCCAGGAGUCCGUCUCCCUGAGCCACACCUUCAACGAGACGCAGAUCGAGUGGUUCAAGGCUGGCUCGGCUCUCAACAGGAUGAAGGAGCUGCAGUAGCUGCCGAGAGGAGAGAGACGGCGGAGGGGUGACCGGACUGGAAACCGMCUCGUGUUUGGUCGUUUUCACUCCUAGGACGCAACACACAUGCAUUAAAAAGGUCGCUGUACCGAUAGAAAGCGCACACCGA